GGAUUGGAGUGCUAUACUGAUACCGAACGCGUGUCUGUAAAAUGACCUGUCUCGCUGACCAAUUUUCUAUCCUGAAUCAAAUGUGUACAAAAAAGAUAUGGAAGAGUUCGUCGAGGCUCCAAAGCGCAUGUUUUCUUCUAGCCAAUUCCGUAACCCAUGGUAACCCUUGGACUGUUGAGCGCUUUAAAAGAAGAGCGGAUGAGGUAACGACAUACUGGAAGAGGCCGAUCCGGUUUCAUGCACUGUCCUGAGGUUCGGAUAUUUUCCUCUUCGAUGGCUUCUCGAAGGUCCGGCCAGGAGAAUAGUGCUCCAUUAACCGCUGACUUGACCAUUCGUUUACCUCCUGUCCAACAUAACGGCUCACGAAAUCAUUCCGCUGCUCGCAUGCCUAUAACCGAUGGCAAUACGUCGACGACCAAAACACAACAACGGCCUUGUCCGGCUAUUGGAGAAGCAGGAGCAACCUUGAAUCCGGGAUGGCAUCCAACUGAUACUGGAGGUCGCGUGUGUAAUAAUCCAUCUAAUUACGCUAAUCGGAGAAGAAGUCCUAGUCCGUCGAUUAGAAAGUCGCCUGCCAUCAGCCAUCAGCCAACUAAUCUGACGAUGGGGAUUACUCAACAGCACCGGCCUAAUAACUUUUCAUCGGCACGAUCUACAUAUCACGCAGGGUGUCAGCAUACGAGUCAGUCAAGGAUUCCCGUCUACCAACUUUCAACUUCUUCUUCGUCGCCUUCAGCCACUCGUUCGUUUACAUUCCACCAGCAACAACAACCGCUAGAACUUCUUAUUCCGGCCGUCCGUCCUCCUCAGCGGUUUUCCUACCACAAUCCAGCAGUGGCCGCGAUGGCAGCAGCAUCAGGCAGGAUGGAUGAUGGACAGUGGACCAGUAAGCAUGUGACCAAUUAUCUGAAAGCCAACAGGGGAUUUCUGGAACACCAUGUACUGGAACAUGUCGACGCAGCCACGCUGGAACGUUGGUAUAUGCGUCGUGUAUGGAGGGAAAAGGCUAUCAAACCAUCAACGAUCGAUAAUCCAACGGAAGAGAUGCUCUGCAAAAAAAUAAGCAUGUCCAAAUGGAAGUUUUGUAGACACACUGACAAGCGUCAAAUGCUGGAAACGCUAAUGAAUUCUCUAGCGAAACAGCCUCAGCCUGGUAGAAUACUUUGGGAACUAGCUUGCUGCGUGGCUUCAUCUGUUGGAGCCGAUGGAUUUAUUCUUCAUCUCGCUCAUCCGCAGACAGGCGUGUUCCGUAUUUUUAGAAGUUGCGAUAUUGAAACGGAUAUUGAUAAUGGAAUCUUCGACUCGAAAAUCUAUCCGGACUUUUCUGCCAGUUACGAUUACGACAGAGAAACUGCCGGUUCGAGGGCCAAUUUUUACAGCGUGUCGAAUAAGGACCGACACAAUGUCGCCUCUUACGUAGCGAAACAUCGUCAUACCAUCACCGUGCGUGAUAUUCGUCGACCUGAUUCUCGGUUUGAGGAUGGGAGUAUCUGUUUACAAGAAGGAGGUGUUCACGUUUUAGGAGCACCAGUUGUGCAAAACGAUGGUACCCUUACAGGAGUUAUUGAACUCUAUAGGCGACCAGUGGAUAAUAAUAAAUCUUCCCGGGGCCCUUUUCAGCAAGAUGACGAAGAAGUUGUUAGCAGUUUUCUGGUGUGGGGUGGAAUCGCCCUCCACUACGCUGAUAUGUACCACGCUUUGGCUAACCAGCGAAAUUUGCACCAGUUUCUCCUGACAGUAGUCAAAUCUAUUUUUCAGGAUAUGGUGAGCAUGGACACGGUAAUAGCCAAAGUCAUGACUUUUGCCCAGAAGUUAGUCGAUGCUGAUAGGGCAUCUCUUUUCCUUGUCGACCACAAGUCCAAUGAGCUUUAUGCUCGCAUUUUCGAUAUGGGUGAUGGUGUAGGUGAUGGACAGACACCCGCUGCAGCCAAAGAAAUACGUUUUCCGCUAGGGACCGGCAUUGCUGGCCAAGUAGCCGUCACGGGAAAGGUUUUAAACAUACCCGACGCCUAUUUAGAUAGUAGAUUUAACCGAGCUGUUGAUCAGCAAACUGGUUAUCAUACAACAUCGAUUCUUUGCAUGCCCAUUUUCAUACAAGGGCAGGUGAUCGGAGUGAUGCAAAUGGUCAACAAGCAUCACGGGACAUUCACAGCUGAAGAUGAAGAAUCAUUUGAGCUUUUUGCGGUUUACUGCGGAUUGGCCCUGCAUCAUACCAAAUUGUACGACAGGAUCAUAGUCUCGGAACAAAAGUACCGCGUGACACUCGAAGUGCUGUCGUAUCACAAUUGUUGCACCGAAAGCGAAUUUAAUGCUAUACAACAACUCAACAAUAGUACUUUGGAAGUUGCUGGACAGUCAGAUAAUCACUUUGUGCAGCAGAAUGUGACGUCGAAUACCAUCGGUUUGGAUCAAUUUUGGUUCAGUGCCUUCGGCAUUAAUGACAUGGAAAAAGUUCACAACGCCGUGUACAUGUUUGUUGACUUGUUCGGAUUGGGACAGUUUGAGCAAGACUCACUCAUUCGCUUUAUGUUGACUGUUCGCAAGAAUUACCGCCGUGUCCCCUAUCAUAACUGGACGCAUGGCUUCGCUGUGGCUAAUUCCAUGUAUGUAAUACUCAAACGAGCGCCGAAUACCUUCAAACCUCUAGAAGCUGUGGCUUUGUUUGUCAGUGCGCUCUGUCAUGAUCUCGAUCAUCGUGGAAAGAACAACAAAUUCAUGUUGGACACCGCGUCGCCAUUGGCUGCGAUUUACACAACGUCAACUAUGGAACACCAUCAUUUUAAUCAAACUGUCAUCAUUCUCCAACAGGAAGGGCACAAUAUUCUCGGCAAACUUAAGAGCGAUGAAUUCAAGGAGGUGCUGAGGAAUAUUAAGCACUGCAUCCUUGCGACGGACUUGGCUCUGUUCUUUCCCAAUCGAGCCAAACUGACACAGAUUGUUGAGGAGGAUCAGUUUACGUGGGAAAAUAAGGAUCAUAGACUCUUAGUUCAAGCCAUAGCCAUGACUGGAUCGGAUUUGUGCGCCUCUUCAAAACCGUGGGACGUCCAAUCUGAAACGGUUAAAGUAAUUUUUGAAGAGUUCUAUGAACAAGGCGAUGAAGAGAAAAAAGCGGGACGCACUCCAAUACCAAUGAUGGAUCGAAAUCAGUUGCACUUGCAACCAGACUCACAAGUCGGUUUUAUAUCGGGUAUCUGUAUUCCUUGCUAUAAUUUGCUCUACCGAUUGAUUCCGGAGACGAAACCUUUACUGGAUGGCUGUCAGAGCAAUAUGGAACGUUGGAAACAAUUGGCUAAAGACAACGAACGCGUUGAAAAUGAUCAUGCCAACGGUGCUGGAAAGCCUAGAGAUGAUGGCUCUACGGAAAUUAAGGAUUCGAAACACUUACCCUCGCUUACCCGUGCAAUUUCUCUCCCUAUUCGGUCAUAUGGCGAUCUUGACUCACAUCAAACAUAGAUGUCCAGUCCGCAAUCCAAAGUUAUUGUAUGGAGCGGAUCAGCUGCCGUAGCAAUCAAGUGCUACGACUACGCAUACUUAAAAACCAGUAAACGGAAACGGUCCAAGCCCCUCAGCAAUAAGUGCAAAGUUAAUCAGGUAAAAGGUAAAUAACCUUCAGUUGUCAAGGCUUAUCAUAAGUCAAGGGAAACAGAGCCAAAGAAGAGCACAGAGUCCAGAUAUUUACUUCAAUUCAUAUAUAAGAAAAUUAACACGGAAGGUGGUGAACGGAAAUCUACAGUCACAUUUCCAAGUGUUGUCAUAUUUUAGAUGCCUGACCUAAAUCCGAAAACUUUCCUGAUGACUAUGAUUAUUAAUCUGUAAACAGAAAAUGAAGUCUAAAUCAGUACAUAAAUUUAAAAAGAUAGGAGAAGUCGGGCUCAUUUUUAAAUCUGAGCUCGUGUAAGAAAUUUUUUUAAAGUCAUGUUUUUUUUUUGUUGUUGCUAUAAAUUAGAAAACAAAAUGACGCUGCUGCUCCUCAGUUUUUGUUUUGUGUUUAAGCCACGUUGUUUGUUGUUAAAAUGUACUGCCCCGUGUAUUCCAUGGGGCCCAAGUGUUAAGAAGUGGCAUUGCCCGGUGGAUAGCAGAUGGCGCUGGUGUGUUGACUGUGCUGAAUCAGAUGGCUGCACUGUAAGUAGUGGAUCGUCUGCAGUAGAAAUUUAUGGUUAUCAGAUGUAGCCUAGUUGUUAGGUAUUCGAGACGUGUACAGAGAGGAGUUAAUAAAUGUUCAGCACACGAUUGUUUGAAAGCUGAUUUUUCACUAGACAUCAUUUGAAUGUGCAGUUCCUAUUCACAGCCCUACAGUGUGAAAAAAUAGACUGGAAAAAAUCUGCUCAUCAUGCUGAUCUGCACAAUGCUGGCUUCAUCUAAGUGACCUAUCAACAAUGACUCUUGUAUCUUAUGGAUUAUGGAACAUAGGAUGUCUUGAUGCCAACUAAGUGGCAUGGGAAAGAUCGCGGAAAGAUGUUUAAGUAGAAAAACCUAAAGCUGGAGGAUGAUACAUUUGUUUCUCAUUACUAGUUUUGUAAACAAAAGGUCAAUUGGUAAAAUAAAACAACACAUGGCCUAUUGGUUUAGAUCAA